AUGAGCCUUGAGCCGCCCUUCUCUCUGAAGCACACCAACGUCAGUCGUCCCCAAUUACUACACUCCGAUUCCAAGCAGAGCAUCACCGCCUCCGAAGACUUCUACUCCCUCUCCGAUCCCAACUCGAGCGAGAGCGAUGAUCCCUCGAAGCUCACAAAUAUCCGAUUCCAGACCCCACCCUCACGCUUCAGGACCCCACAACAGAGCCAUGAGCGUGUGCACUCUGAGACUACCCUCCCUACGGUGAACAUUGGCAAGAAGAGACUGCCCCCGCAGACUCAGACUGCCCACCUAUCUCCAACAUCACCCACAUUCAGCGAGAAAUCUAUUGCUCGAAAGCCCGUCCCGACUUCACCCUCCGACGGCCAGGACGCCGAGCUGAGGGACAGCAAGUUCUCCCAAAUACAACAUCCGAUGGAUUCCGAAUCCCUCUCUACGACGCCCGGCAUGGACGAUACUCCCUACAUUCGCUUUGCCAUCGACCAGCUCACAAGGGACGAGGAAGUGAGAGGGUCCAGACAAUACACUACGGCUGAAGAUGAGGACUAUCCUGUGGAUCGAAUAGUCUCGGACGAAGGCCUGGGAUACGGAGCUCAAGAACGGGACAGGCAACGGAGAAUAUCUCGCGGACUACCACCCCGGCAUCCUCAGCAUACUGCUACCAGGAAACCCGAUCCACCAAUUCAGCGAGACAUCUUCGUUCCUUACCAGCCAUCGCCAAACUCUUUUCAGUACCCUCCUCUCAACUUCAUGCCCGGCAUCCUUAGACCCGUCUGGCUAGGACUCUAUCUGUUCCUCUGCCUCCUGAUGCUCGCCGGCCUCAUCUUCUGCGCUGUUUAUUCGAACCAGAACCAAGGUCUUUGGGAAUACAUAUCUUUUGGCGACAACCGAUACUUCGUUUUUGAAUACUUGCCCACCCUUUUUGGCAUCAUAAUCCUAAUAUGGCUCUUCCAAAUCCAAAUCGCCCUACAAAGAACCGCACCUUUCAUCGCCAUGGCAUCGGAAUCACAAAAACAGCGAUCCGAAGCCGUCUUCCUCGAACUGUAUCCCAUGCAAUUCCUCCUUCCAAAACUUGAGCAUUUCCGGGCUGGCCAGCCAGUUAUCGGAGUAUGCUAUGUAAUUUUCUGGCUCUUUUCCUGGACUAUACCCCUUCUUGCCUCUUCUUUCAACGUUCGAUACCAUACAGCAUCCGGGAGUUGGAGAUGGAUUGCCGUACAGGGCGUUAUCUGGACUACCGCCGUCCUCUACAUACUACUAAUACUUGCGCUAACUGCCCUCGGAGCAUACAUUACCCGCAAGACGACCGGAUUGAAGUGGGAUCCGCGGUCUAUUGCCGAUAUCAUUGCACUUCUCGAACGAUCGAACAUUAUGAACGACUACAGCGGCUCCGAGACGUUUGUUGAAGACGAGUUUCGCCAACGCCUGGGCAACCGAACAGAUCGCAUUGGUUACUGGCAUACUUCAAAACGAACUAACGACAUCUUUUACGGAAUUGGAGAGGAGGGCGGAGCGACGAGGCGGUACUCCAUCGAGCAAGGCAGGAUUCGGGAGAAGGCCCCUGAACGGCAAUAUCCCGCACCCGGAGAUGUCGAAGCUCAACGCGGAGACUUCUCCAUCCGCAUGGAUAUUCGCUCGGCAGGUGUGCGCUUGAGAUACCUUCCUUGGUAUCUGAAAGACACAUUUGUCAUCAUGUGGAUUGUCAUCGCAAUUGUCCUUCUCCUGGCAUUCUUUGUUGUCAGCUUCGUCAACAGCAAGACGAGGUAUGGCUUCCUACCGCAGGUUCCAGCAAGGGCCAAUUCUGCUGGAUUCUCCGCCUCCAAUUUCCUCUUUUCAUUCGUCCCCGCUGUGAUUGCCCACUUCCUCUUCCUUGCCUUCCUCUCCCUCGACUAUUCUCUUCGAGCUCUCCAGCCUUACGCCUCUCUCUCCGCUCCCGGUGGCGCCACGGCUGAGGCAUCCCUCCUCGCCGACUACCCCUGCCGACUUCCCCUCUCCGUCACCGUCUCCGCAAUCGCCAACCGCCACUUCCGCACGGCCUUCGUUUCCCUUGUCUCUCUUACAGCGGCAACCCUCCCCGUCCUCGCUGGCGGCUGCUUCUGGACACAAUUCUACCCCAACAGCACUCAAGUUCGCGUCGCAGCCCAUCUCCCCGCCUACUACGCUCUGUGCUUCUUUCUCGCCCUCUACGCAAUCAGCCUCUUCGCGCUACUGCCCGACCGCAGACGUGCCGCACUCCCGCAUCGCGCUAGCACCCUCGCAGAGAUCAUCAGCUGGCUCUACCAAAGUCAAAUCCUGACCGACCGCGCCUUCGCAAGGCCAUACACCAAGGCCGACCUCGUCACAAAACUCAUGGGCGCCGCCUACAUGGAGAAGGGAUGGGCAGCGCGCAGCCUCACGGCUCUGACGACACCAUCCCGCCGCAAUCUCCAGGAGGACGAGGCGGGUCCAUCUGCGCUUCCUGUCGCUGAGAAGAGGGGUAAGGGCAAAGCCCCCAUGGGGGAUGAAGAGGAGGCGGGCGGAAAGCGCAUGAGCCUCCUAGAUCCCGGCGCGAUCAGGUACGGCUUCGGCAUCCACGUCGGCCGCGAUGGGCUCGAGCAUCUAGGCAUCGACCGCGUGAAGAGGGGCGGCCAGCACGGGCGCGAGAUGGUGCUUUAUGAGGAGCAGAGGAGGGAGCUUUGA